AUGCCAUAUGAUGAAAAUGCGAGCGAAUUUUGUGGUGUGCUGGUUGAUCCGGAUGAUUUUGUUGAAUUUGAUGAGAAGCGCCUGCAGCACCACGGUCCUGGUGAAUAUGGAAGAAAGCAAUACCAAGAGUUAAAUGAAAGUGGUGGAGUUUUCGCUGCUUAUCCAACUGUUGGCUGCCCCUAUUUUGCAACAGUGUUCAUGAAACACUGCUAA